CGAGUUAUAAAGCAGAAUGUGUUGCUUCCGGUCGGUAACUUAAUUAUCCGGUUGGUUAUUUUGUAAAGAAUAUUUACCAGGGAACGAAAUGGCAUUGAUGGUAAAAAGAGCUGCGAAGAAAGCGAUUUUCAAUGCAAAAGAUGGCCAUGGUCUCCUCGGACUUUUGAUAUUCGACGAAAAGUUGGUCUUCGAGAAUUUCCGAAAGCUCGUCGAAUCUAAAGAAAAUGCCUCCAUGUCAUUGCUUAAAUGGUCAAGAGAAGAAGAUAACAUUGCAUUGCAAGAUGUGUUUAGUAAGGUGUUUGAAGUUGGCAGUAUAUGGACUGCAAUGAUGAAGGAAUUUACUGAAAAUCACCUAAAAUACAGGAAAGCAUUCAAGGAUGUUUUACGAGAGGAGAGGGAACUUGAUGAGUUGAGAAAAAGGGAGAUGGUUUAUAAUACAAGACUGCACAAGUUACAAAAACAGAUUGAGCAGAACAAAAGAAGUAAUGCAGCAUCCAAACCUGCAAAAUCUUCAAUUGACGAAAUGGCUGAGGUCUUGUCCAAAGCUGAAGAAGCUCAUGCAGAACUAGAAGUCAAAGUUACAAAGCAUGAAAUAUUCAAGGCUAAAACGCUCAGGGAAGCUCUUCAGUUAGUAGCCGAGAGCAUACAAACUCUAGCUGAACAAACAUUGUGUGUCAGUAAGUCAUAUAAGCAGCUUGCUGACUUGAUACCAGACACACCAACCCAGCUGACUGAAGAAAAGGUCUUCAAAGGUGCUGGUAAAACAAGACGCAUUGUAACAGAACUAUCAAAAGAAGUUGGGUAUGAGCCAGUACCAGCCAGUCCAGGAAAAAAUGAUCAAAAUUACUUAUAUGCCGUCUCACCACGACCACCAGACUCCUGUGAUACCACAGGAAGCCCACCCAAAUCUCCAGGUUUUGGUGAACCUAAACAUAGAAGAUCUCCUCCUCCAGCACCUGUUGGUCGACAUCGAAAGAUUAGUGAAAGUUCCGGCCUUAAGACUCAGCACUUUUCUCGGCCCCUGUCCUUAGAAAACCUAAGGCCACCUCCAUCAUGUCCACCACCACCUUUACCAUCUCAUGAAGAAUCUGCAUCUGUCAAACCAACCCCCGUCACCCGCACAAACGUAAGAGCACAAAAGGGUAUUAAAGGACAGAACUUGAGCAAGCCACAGUCUAUGAUAGACUUGCGACCUCAAACUGCACCAAAACCAAGAAAAGUGUCAAAUGAUCAAGGAAACAAGUGGUAUGCAAGAUCAAAGACAAUAGAAGGUUCAGACAGUGAAGACAGUGACGGUUACACAGAACCCUCAGAACCGUACCAUAAAAGAUCUGUUUCAAGUGUAGCUAGUGAUGAUUCACUCAGAUCACCUAAAAUCAACACUUCCCAAUAUGCUGAAUGUAGGGAGGAAUCACCAUGGCAACAAGGCAACACAUACAAAGCUUUAAGUCAAAGCCACUCAGAAGACCAAGAUGAUUCACAAUAUGUAGAACUUUUUCAAUAAUCUUAGACUAGCAAUUCCAUAAUUAAUUCCGGUCUUAAUUCCUCUUGAUUUCAAAUAGUCAUGCACUGUGUCGAAAUUAGAAGAGAUAACUAGCUAAAAACUAGUGUGAGCUGCGUCGGUGUUUCUAAUGAAACAGUAAUGAUAAAAAGGUAAAUUGAACACCAUGAAAAGAUGAAAAAACUCGCUGACGUUUCGGACGCUAGUCCUUCGUCGGAGUAAAAGAGGAAAUUAAUCAAUUCCUCAACACUCAAUUGCUGGGUUUCACUUGACGUCAUAUCUCAUCUCAUGUGGAAUGUUCAUCAGCUGAAUUGCAAGUUUUCAAUACAAUUCUUUUUAGCUGACAGCACAUGGUGGUCAGUGUUUGACAAUUGGAGCAGAUAAUGACAUUCAAAGACUUUUAUCGCUUGCAUGGAAAUAAGCAAUUUUUGUUCAUUGAAUGAAGUACAGCUUAUCACUAGUGCAGUUUUCAUAAGAGAGUAACAUACAGUACUGACUUAGAGCACCUGCAUAGUACAACUUGCCGUAACAUUGAAAUGGUUUCUUAUAAAAAUGGUUAACAUAGGACUUAAAAAUAUACAGUACUGACUUACAGCACUUUCCCAUUAUUUUCCAGUAAGUCAUCCAAUCACAAUAUUUAGAUACAGCUACAAUAUGACUUACAGUAUGACUUACAUCAUGUAUGCCUACAAAUUUUUCGUAUCAUUUCUGUCCUUUUUUUUUAUCAUCAAAUCACUACUCCUCUACUAGUUUGUUGUUCACCAAAGCAGCAAAAAUUUAUCAAGAAUAAAUAUAAGAAAGAAAAAUUUAUCUCUGUUUUUAUUGCUAUGCACUGACAAGGCAACAGUCAAGACAAGGAAAUUGAGCAAUACACUACCAUCAACCACAGUAAUAAACAUGGGGACGGUUUGAUUGACAGCAGUGUAUUGCCCGAUCUCCAGGUCACAACUGUUGUCUUGAUCAACAUGUAGCAUUAAAAAUGGUGGUAAAGAAAAAACAAUCAAAAGAAACCUGUACAGUAGUCAGAAUCUCAGCCUUGUAUUAAUUAUUCUCUAUUUAAUUACCAAUUUCAGUUUCAGGAUUCAGCAUAAUUCUCAGUAUUCAUGUGUAAAAUUCCCAGUUCAUCGUUUUGUGACGUUGUUCGUUCAUAUUCCUCUAUCGUUAGUUCGGGAUCAGGAUCAGGGGCAUAAAGAUUCUAAUAAUAAAAAAUAUUUAACAAUUAUGACACUGUAGUUAAGUAUCAGUAACAUGUUCAGUAACACAGCAGUAAGGUGUCAGAAAGUUGUUGAUAAUGAAAUGAUGGUACGAUGUUGGUAGGUGGUCAGCCAACAUUUAAGCAAAAUUUCAGCAACAGUGUGGAUUUAUCCCACAGAACUUUUCUCAUACUGUACUGAUCCGUUAUCCAUCAUUUACCUGUAUAAAACUGUUGCCUGCUGGAUCAUCAAGAAUAAUGUGCACACCCAUCCACUGACCUGAAAUGAUCUAAAACAAAAUAGAUAUCAAUAAGUUUUAA